UUAUCUCGUCACUGCUCUGUGCUCUGAUUCUUUUCACUUAUCGAAAUUGCUCACGACGAGGUGAAGGAGAUAAGUUGCGCGCUCGAUGUUUCGCAGCGACAAGUCGCGAGCUGAACUUCUGUAUCUUGAGUCGCUAGUCCACCACUGCAAUUGCGUCCUGCCUGAUCUCAUUAAUGCCGUCCACGCCAGAAGUAAUCGAGUUACCCAACUGAUCCAUCUACGGCAAUCGUCAUCGAGGAACUCGGUUUUGGUUCUUUGAUUCCUGCGUCAAUCUAAAACCUUCGAAGAGAAUCGAUCGCAAUCUGGAAGAUGCUCGUCGACACCAGCAGAUGCACGCAAAAUUUGGUUCAAUUGAUUACGUGUCACUGCACCUCGCCGUUUGCAUUGAAGGGGAGGGUACGGGUAGUGAUGUUGAAUCUGACGUUAUUGCAAUGAAUUAAUGCUGUCAGAGGGAGUUGCUUGGCGACCUGAAGUUAAUGCAGGAGGAAGAGGACUAUGGGGCUAUGUACUCACUGUGUGCGCCUCUGUUGAAGUGCUCUCUCUGAAUCUCCUGUGCCAGAGCAAACGUGUUUUGCUCUGGGAGAGAUGUAGUUAGAGAAUUUAGGCGUGUUACGCAUAUUUGUACUGAGUGCACGCAGGGCUCCUUCAGAUAUGGUUUCGGCACGGGGAGUAGUUCGCAGGGGUGUGUUGAGAAAGAGGAGGCCAAUGGACUGCUGUUGGAUAUCUUAAGCUAGUGGUGAUGAAGCUAAUCGUAAUCAAUGUUGAAAAGAGAGGCCUUGGUCUAGCUUUACUUGCCAUAAAUACUUGAUUGUUGUCCAAGGUUAGAAAGCGCCGAGCAAGACAGGAGAGGAGGUCCUUCUGCCAUACGAGAAAGCGCAUUCAGUUCUGACUGAACGACCUAGUAGUCUGUAGUGUGUAUCGAGGAAAACAAAGUAGAAAAGGUGUGCAGAAACUAGACUAAGGAAUGUCGGCGUUGAAGAGUUUCGCCCGAAACUUUGCUCCAAGUCGUCGUCUAAAAAGUGGUCGAUCUCCCACUGUAGAAAAAGUAGUUAUACAGCUGCGCAACCGUUCCAUUUCCGAACGUGCAGAGGACUGCGUGAAAGUUUCAACCUGUUACUUUCUCCGAAACCACGGGUCUAUGCACGAGAGGAUCCUUACGUCUAUGUACUCAAACUCUACAUCGAUCGUUACCUAAGUUUUAUAUUUCAUUUUUGGGCUUUGGUAAACUCUAGAAAUAGUGCAUUGAAAAGAAAGAAGCGUGGGAGCUUCACUUGGUGGCUGUAACUAUAUCAAACGAAAAUAUGGACAAAAGCAGAGCCAGCAGUAUAGUGCGGCUGAUGAGUCGGGAGUCCAAUAUGAAGAGGUCCUUCAAGUCCGAUGAGGUUUUACUAGACCUGAGGAUGUUGGAGGCGGAGUGCAGCGGCUCAGCGAAGUCACCGGUGGAAGAGAGCGAAGAUGUAUACUCCAAAGGGAAUGCAAUGCUGGAGCUUAAUUUUGAGGUUAGUCAAGAUCAUGUUACGUUGAGAAGCGUGAUUCCCGCUGCCAAUUCCGAGUUGCCAUUAUUGGCAGCUGCGGAGAUCCACGCGCGGGAAAAAUGCGAUUCGGUAGGGAGAGAGAGUCGUCCAUCCAAUUGGGGCAACUCUAUGUCAGCCAUCGUCUCAGGCUCAAGGGCUUCGUGUUCGACGUCGUUCCGGGAGAGCUUCAUUACUGUGGGGAAUAUGGUGAAACAGUUGAGCAAUGAGUUCCAUCGAUAUCCACGAAGUGCUUCCAGGGUUCAAGAUUUGGACAACUCCGUGGACGAGCGGGGAGUUCUGGAUUCCGAGCUCGGAAACUGUGGCUCAACCAGGAAAAUGCAAAAAAGUACUUCGCGCGCGGAAUAUGCAAUCAAAGCUGUGCGGUGUAUCAGCAAGGCCACUGCUACCGCAGACCAAAAGAAGUCGUGGCAGAAAGUAGAAGAACGGUUUCACAAGCUUCGUGACGCUGAUUCUAUGUUGCCUCGUUUCUAUUUUCCCGAAUGCAUCGGAAUGAAGGAAUCCAAGGAAUUUGCUCUGGAGCUCUUUGAUGCGUUGGUGCGUCGUAAAGGCGAGAAGGUGAAUAGCAUCAGCAAAGAUGGCUUAUACCAGUUUUGGUUGGAAAUCACAGAUAAAAGCUUCGACGCCAGGAUGCAGAUGUUCUUUGACCUGUGUGACAAGGAUUUGGACGGUCGAAUUUCAGGCGAGGAAGUGAAGCAAGUGAUCAUGUUGAGUGCAAGUGCGAACAAGUUGUCAAAACUGAAGGAGCAGGCGGCAGAGUAUGCAGCCCUUAUUAUGGAAGAACUUGAUGUGAAUCGUAAUGGUUACAUAGAGUUGAGUCAUUUAGAGACAUUGUUGCGCGAAUCGGUGUUGCCGGGGCAUGGAAAAGAGGCAACAAUGAACAACCACCAAUUGUUGAUAAAGAGGAGCAAGCGAUCCAGGAUUCGCAGCUUCGCUGAGAAGACGAGGAACUGCUUUCAGGAUAAUUGGAAACGGUUGUGGAUAUUGGCUCUGUGGAUGAUGGCCAUGACAGGACUUUUCAUUUGGAAGUUUUUUCAGUAUCGGGAGCACGCUGCGUUUCCAAUCAUGGGCAACUGUCUUUGCGUCGCCAAGGGCGCAGCUGAGACUUUGAAGCUGAACAUGGCGCUCGUUCUCCUGCCCGUUUGCCGCAACACGCUCACACGGUUGAGGUCCACGCGAUUAGGAAAGAUCAUUCCUUUCGACGACAAUCUCGACUUUCACAAGAUCAUAGCCGGAGGUAUAGCAGCCGGGGUGUUCAUUCAUGGUGUUUGUCACAUAACCUGCGACAUUCCCAAAUUCGUCGAAAGUGGCGAUGAUAAAUUCUUCAAGUACCUCGGCGACGAAUUCGAAAAGCACCCAACCUACGCUAACAUUGCAGUGAUGCCAGUGGCGAUCACGGGUAUUCUCAUGGUGGUUUUCAUGAUAAUUGCCUUCUUACUAGCCACUCACUGGUUCCGUCGCAGCAUGGUGAAGCUUCCGUGGCCAUUGCAGCGUCUGACGGGAUUCAAUGCAUUCUGGUAUUCACAUCACCUGUUCGUGAUUGUAUACGCACUCCUCAUGGUCCACUCCAUCAAGCUACUUCUUGCUGGUCCAUGGUACAAGCGAACGACAUGGAUGUACAUCGCUAUCCCCUUACUUUUAUACGCAGGCGAACGGAUGCUGCGAUUGUACCGCACCAACUCCAGCAAAGUGGAGAUCGUGAAGGCUGCAAUUUACACCGGUAACGUCCUUGCUAUCCACAUCACAAAACCCCAGGGCUUCAAGUACAAGAGCGGCAUGUACCUCUUCUUGCAGUGCCCCCAAAUCUCCUCUUUUGAAUGGCACCCAUUCUCCAUAACGUCUGCCCCCGGUGACCCUUUCCUCAGUGUUCACAUCCGCACACUGGGUGACUGGACUGCGGAGAUGAAGAAAAUCUUCUCUGAGGCUUGCGGUGGACGAACGUGCCUUCAAACUAUCAACAAUUAUGGCCUCAGUGGUGAGCUGACUCUAGCUGCAAGAUUCCCAAAGUUGUUCGUCGAUGGUCCGUAUGGAGCUCCCGCUCAAGACUACCUGAAAUAUGAUGUGCUGCUCCUGGUUGGACUCGGAAUUGGAGCAACGCCAUUUAUUAGUAUCCUCAAGGACAUGCUUCAUCACACCAGAUAUGACCUUUCUGAUCCGAGCUUAACACCAAGUUUACGCCCAACCGAAAGUCCAAAGAAAAAGAAGAAAAGCAAGAGGAAACCGAAAGCUUACUUCUACUGGGUCACACGAGAGCAAGGCUCCUUCGACUGGUUCAGAGGAAUCAUGCGAGAAGUCGAAGAGAUCGAUAACAAGGAGUCCAUUGAGAUGCACAAUUAUUUGACUAGUGUGUAUGAGGAAGGUGAUGCUCGCUCGACGUUGGUCACGAUGUUACAGUCGUUGUAUCACGCCAAGAACGGAGUCGACCUCGUUUCCGGGACUCGAGCACGGACACAUUUUGCUAGGCCCAACUGGAAGGAUGUCUUUGCAAAUCUAACUUUCACUCACCCUGAAAAGCGAAUCGGGGUUUUCUACUGUGGCCCUGCAGCACUAGUAAACGAGCUUGAGACUCUAUCUCGAACCUACACAAAGGAGUCGUCCACAAAAUUUUCCUUCCACAAAGAGAAUUUCUGAAUGGCCGGUUUAUGCUCGAGUGUGAAGAUGUGUUUAAUCAGAGGGCUGUACUAUAUACAUAUAUGACGAUUAACACAAGUAGGUGCCCGGUGUCUGCCACUCGCUCAUUAUAUUACUGAAAACCUUCAAACAUGCAGAAUCUCAUUGUUUAUGUUGAGAUUCAGAUUAAUUCAAGAGUAUGGAUUAGAAAUAAUAUCCGCUAUUCAAUACUAAAUGUAGCAACUUAGCGGAGAUUAGUAACUAAUCUUAGCUCUAUGUCGAUAAUUCAUGCCAUUCAGCCUCCUCGUUAGGGGGAUUAGUCACUAAUGACCUCAAUAUUUGUUUCAUAAAAUCUGGCUGCAAAGCCUCCAGCUUCUCAUGGGACA